UUAUUUGGGUAUGAGGAGGCAGCGUGGAGCGUGAGGACGCUGUUCGUGAGCUGAAGGAUGUUUCCAUAAGUCUUUAUUUGCAGUGCAGUUAUGUCACAUGACAAAGGCACUUCUAGUGAAGGAAGGGCUGUAAUGAUAGCAUCUGGUAUUAUUCAGCUUUGUCCAAGAGAUUAACAAUGUUUUAGCAGAGUAAUAAAGCCUCUGAUCUCCUCAAGCAUUCAGAGGGCAGGGAAGCAUCCCGAUGAGAGUUGAGUGAAACCUUCUUAGUGACUGUUAGUAGAAAAAGAAAACUUCUCUGGACUUCAGCAGAAUGGAUAACUCAGGAAGUCCUGCAUCCCAGCAUCGAAAGGCCAAGCUGUUUGGCUUGAAAGUGAAGAAGAAAAAGAAAGUCAACACAGACCUGGUCCUGGCAAACAAGGGAGCUGUGGACAGUGAGGUGGAGGUACCUUCAGAAGCAUCUUCCCUGCUGGAGGGAGAAAACCCUGAGGAUCAACCAGGAACCUCUGCAGUCAGAACCAGAAUAGUACCAAACAAUAAGAGGGCCAAACUGAAAACUCGCAUCCAGGACAGCGAAGGCAAACCACAGAGCUUUCAGAUUGCCAUUAACAUCACAGAGGCCAGGCAGCUGGUGGGAGAAAACAUUGACCCCAGUGUGGUGAUUGAGAUCGGAGAUGAGAAGAAACAGACUUCAGUCAAAGAAGGAACCAAUGCCCCCUUUUACAAUGAGUAUUUUGUGUUUGACUUCUUUGCCCACAAAGAGGUCUUCUUCGACAAGAUCAUCAAGCUAACGGUGAUGCACUCUAAAAUGCUGAGGAGUUUCUGUAUUGGGUCCUUUAAGCUGGAUGUGUGGACAGUCUACAAACAGCCAGGUCACCAGUUCAUUAAUAAGUGGGCAAUGCUGACCAAUCCUGGUGACAUUGGCACUGGGGUCAAAGGUUAUGUCAAGUGCGACAUUAGUGUCUCAGCAAAGGGAGACGCCAUGCAGCCAGGACCAAAAGCGAGCGAUGCUGAAGAGCAGAUAGAUAAGAACCUGCUGGUACCAGAAGGGUUUCCCUCUGAGCGGCCCUGGGCUCGUUUCUGUGUGAAGGUAUAUCGAGCUGAAGGCCUUCCACGGAACAACUCCAGCAUCAUGGCCAAUGUCACCAAGGCCUUCAUAGGAGACAACACAGCACUCAUAGACCCAUAUGUGGUGGUUAGCUUCUUCAAACAAGUGGGUCGCACAUCAACUCAGAAGUCCACAGCAGACCCAGUGUGGAAUGAGCAGAUCGUCUUCACAGAGAUGUUUCCCCCUCUGUGUCAGAGAUUAAAGAUCCAGGUUUGGGAUGAGGGAAGCAUGAGUGAUGUUGCCAUAGGAACCCAUUACUUUGACUUGAGACGCAUUUCCAAUGAACAGGAUGGUGACAGAGGGUUUUUGCCAACUUUUGGCCCUGCUUGGAUUAACCUGUACGGCUCUGCCCGAAACUUUUCAUUAGGCGAUGACACAGUGGAGCUGAAUGAGGGCAUUGGAGAGGGCGUGUCUUACAGGGGUCGGGUCUACAUGGAGCUGGCAGUGGAGAUCCUAUCAGGAGGGACGGGUUCGGAGUCCAAACUCACCAGAAUGGUCAAACCAGUGAAGGACGCUAAAGCAGGGAAAGCUGGAGGGAAGGAUGGAAAGACUCCUGCAGGAGGAGGAGCAGGAGGAGGAGCAGGCGGAGCUGCUGACGAAGACAAAGGAAAAGCCGCAGCAGCAGAGGUGCUGCCUGUGGAAUCUCCUCCUGAGCUGAAUGCAAACAACAAUGAGACGUUUCUGCUGUUUGGGGCGGUCUUUGAAGCCACCAUGAUUGACAGGAAGAUCGGCGACAAGCCCAUCAGCUUCGAGUUCUCCCUGGGUAACUACGGUAAUGUCUUGGAGCCUGCAGGCCAGGCCAGCCUCACUGCUCCUAGUCCUGCUGUCAGUCGGAGGAGAAGGGUGCUGGACGUCCCAGACACUAGUGACAUGUUUGGCACCUCCCCUCCCACCUCCCCGUCUUCCCCCCUCCUACCCAGGGAUCCUCAGGACAUCGCCAUGACGUCUAAGUCUACCACACCUCCAGAAAAACCGCUCAUCGUUGAAGGAAACAGGUACUACAUGCAUCUGCCCCUGGAGAAGCAGAAGCCGUGUAUUAAUGUGCUGAGUCACUGGGAGGACAGAACCUACCGACUAUACAACUCUAAUAUGCUGGAGAAUAUAGCUGUUCUGUUUGAGGAGGGUGUAGCCAGUGCAGCCGAGUUAAACAAGAAGUCCGAUCCAGGGGCGGAGCAUAUGCUCAGAACUGUCCUCAGAGAAUUCUGUAUGGACGCCAGGAGUUUCAUAGCAGAGGCAGAAGCCAAGUUGAAGGCAGAGCUAAAGUCGAGCUACCUGACACAGCUGGACAAGAAACGCCUCACCAUGUGUAAACAGGAACUGGAAGGUAUGAUAGGGGAGGCCCAGUCCUUGGGAGAGAGGAAGAGAAAAGCUGGUGGUGUGAAAGAAAUGCUGCAGGACGCCACAAAACUCACACACAAACUACGCUUUCUUGUGGAGGAGCCCCAGCACACAGUGCCUGACAUGUUUGUGUGGUUGCUCAGCAACAACAAGCGUGUUGCAUAUGCUCGGGUCCGGGCCAGAGACCUGCUGUACUCCAGCAGCCAGGAGGCCAGAGGAAUCCACUGUGGAAAGAUAAUGACAUUGUUUCUAAAGCCUCCAGGGAAGCGUGUUGUAGGCUUGUCAGUACAGGCGAAGCUGGAUGUGUUUCUGUGGUACGGAACCUGUUCAGAGUCCAACCACAUGCUGGACGACCUACCUGCAGGAUUCAGCCCAGCCACAGGGCGCGCUGACGCCAACAGCCCUCCAGCAUACCUGGUCAGCACUGAGCAGCAUCAGUUCCAGUUGAGGUGCCACAUGUAUCAGGCUCGUGGUCUGAUUGCUGCAGACAACACCGGCCUGUCUGACCCUUUUGCUCGGGUCACCUUUAUGUCACACAGCCAAACCACAAAUGUGAUCAGUCAGACUCUCAGUCCUACGUGGAAUCAGUGUUUGCCGAUGAGCCGCGUGCUGCUGAGCGGAGAUCUGCAGCACAUCCAGCAGGAGCCGCCGCGCAUUAUCAUCGAGUUGUACGACGACGACGCACUGAGUAAGGCGGAGUAUCUGGGAGCCACAGUGGCUGUGCCUGAGGUUCGCUUGUCCUCUGACCCAUACACGCCUCCAAUGCUGCAGUACAGCCCGCUGCACUGCGGCAGCCAGCCAGGAGGAGACCUGCUGGCUGCAUUUGAACUGCUGCAGAUCCCACAGUCCGGAGAUCAGACUCUGCCGGCGUUAGAGGAACAGGAAGGAGGCAUCUACACAGUUCCUGACAACAUCAGACCAGUUCUCAGCACCUACAGGCUGGAGGUGUUAUUCUGGGGUCUGAGGGAACUCAAGAAGGUUCAGUUCCUGUCUGUUGAUCGCCCACAGGUGUUUAUAGAGUGUGCAGGUAAAACAUUGCGUUCCUCCGUCAUUCAGAAGUACAAGUCCAACCCAAACUUCACUACGCUGGUUGAUGCCAUAGAGCUGGAGUUACCAGAGAACGAACACCUCCAUCCUCCUCUCAGUAUCACUGUGGUCGAUUGGCGGGCCUUCGGUCGCAGCACGUUGGUUGGAAACCACAUUAUCAACAACCUGAAGGCCUUUAAAUACAUUCCACCUCCACCCCUGCCUGCUCCCAUACAGAUACACAAACCUCCCCAGGUCACCUAUGAAACUGUCCCGAUACCAGAGCCACAGAGCACUGAGGGACUGCCCCUAGCUGGGGAGACCAGUUCAACUGUAGCACUAACAAAUCAGGAUUUCCUGGUCACUGUGGAGGAUGAAGCCCCACCUCCGGCCCCACCUCCGGCCCCACCCACCCCUAAGCAAGAACCCAGGACAAAAAGGGACAGCAGGGCAAAGAGCACUCGUCGUUCCACCAAGCGGAGGAGGCGGACCAUCGCUGACGAAUCAGCAGAGUCUGUCAUCGACUGGUGGUCCAAAUACUACGCAUCUGUAGAGAAGCAGGCCAAACAGAAGGACGGCUCUCCAUUCCCCCACGUCUUUGAAAAAACUUUGACGUACCAGAGCUUGCUCAGCGUUGGAAUAGACUCCUUAGUCAGCACUUCGGAUGGAGACAAGAAGAAAAAACAAAAAGGAAAAGGAACCGUGGAGCCAAGCGUUGGUCUAUCUACUAAAUUAGCCACACUCAAGCUGUACAACAAGGAGCUGGAGGCUGAGUUUGGGCCUUUUGACGAUUGGGUGAACACAUAUGAGCUGUUCAGAGGGAAAGCCAAUGAGGAAGAGGGGGCGACUGAGGAGAGAUUCGUUGGAAAAUUUAAGGGGAGAUUCUGCCUGUAUAAACUGAGUGAGGACGAGGAAGAGGACUGGGACCAAGCAACUGACGCCGGGCACUUCAGAGUCAGCAGAGGAAUCCCUCCAAACGGCCCGGUCCAAGUUCUCAUACGGGUUUACAUUGUCUCUGCAUCUAACCUGCACCCAGCUGACCCGGAUGGGAAGGCGGACCCGUACAUUGUUGUACGGAUUGGCAAGAACGAAAUCAAAGACAGAGACAACUACAUCCCUAAACAGCUGAAUCCUGUGUUUGGGAGAUCUUUUGAGAUGCAGGCGACAUUUCCUCAGGAGUCUGUGCUGUCCGUGGUGAUCUAUGACCAUGACUUGGUGGGAGGGGACGACCUGAUAGGAGAGACUCGAAUUGACCUGGAGAACCGGUUCUACAGCCGACACAGAGCCACCUGUGGAAUCCCUACGGAGUACAGCCUUGAUGGUUAUAAUGCCUGGAGAGACUGCCUGAAGCCAUCAGAGCUGCUGUGUAAGCUGUGCAGAGAGAACGGUCUGGACGAUCCUCAUUUCAGACCAGGACGCAUCACCGUGGCUGAAAAAGUUUUCACUGGCAAGACGCUCUUCAUGCAUGAAGACCAGCCGGUGGAGUCCUAUGAGCACCUGUCUCUGAAGAUCCUGCACCGCUGGGCGGAGAUCCCGGCUGUGGGAUGCAAGCUGGUGCAAGAGCACAUUGAGACCAGAACUCUGUUCAACAAGGCUCGGCCCGGCAUGGACCAGGGUCAGGUCCAGAUGUGGGUCGACAUGUUUCCCAUGGACUUGCCUCAUCCGGGACCUUCAGUGGAUAUUUCACCUCGAAAACCGAAAGGGUACGAGCUGCGUAUCAUCAUCUGGAACACAGAAGAUGUGAUUCUGGAGGACAGCAACUUCCUGACGGGUCAACAGUCCAGUGAUAUCUACAUCAAGGGCUGGCUGAAAGGUUUGGAGGACGACCGACAGGAGACAGACGUACACUACAACUCUCUGACUGGAGAAGGAAACUUCAACUGGCGCUUUGUGUUCCCCUUCAGUUACCUGCCUGCUGAGAAAGUCAUAGUGGUGAGGAAGAGGGAGAGUAUUUUCUGUCUGGAUAAAACAGAGCAGAAGCUUCCCGCCAUCCUCAGCCUGCAGGUCUGGGACUUUGAGACGCUGUCCUCUGACGACUUCCUGGGCACGGUGGAGUUAGAUCUCCACGGAUUCCCUCGGGGGGCAAAGACGGCAAAGUCAUGUAAGGCGGACAUGUUGACGGACGGGACGGAGAGAAUCUCCAUUUUCCAGCAGAAGAGAGCGAGGGGCUGGUGGCCCUUCAGCAAGUCUGGAGAGCUGACGGGGAAAGUGGAGGCGGAGUUCCAUCUUGUGACAGCUGAGGAGGCAGAGAAAAAUCCUGUAGGCCGAGCCCGCAAGGAGCCAGAGCCGCUGCCCAAACCAAACCGUCCAGACACCUCCUUCUCGUGGUUUGUCAACCCUUUCAAGUGUUUCUUCCACUUGGUGUGGCGAAGCUACAAGAAGUACAUCAUCAUCGCCCUGGUCCUGCUCAUCACGGUGCUGUUCCUCGCCCUGCUGUUCUACACACUGCCCGGAGCCAUUUCUCAGAAGAUAAUCAAUGGAUGAAACACACCUGGACUAUGUUCACACUGUAGUUCUGAAGAUACGUUCAAAAUGGAUGGAUCACGGAUGACUUUUAGAUGAUGCAACAACAGACAACUUUCCCAUUUCAACUGCUCCUCAAUAAUGCGACCAAGUUUCUGUACAGCUUUUUACUGCUAAGAACGACAGUGUCAGGCUUUUAAAACAAGGAAGUACAUGUUCAUGACACAUUUAUUGAGGCACCAACUAGCACAUUGCUUUUUGGUCUUUUCACAGGAAUCUAAAUUAUCAGCAGGUUUGGCCUUUAAAGUGUAUCUAAAUAUAACACUUGCAUGCUAUAUGUAUGGUGACAGACUUACUGAUCACUGGAAGUCCCCUGUUGUGCCACUUCAACGUAAGCAACACGGAAGAAAAUCUGCUGUUCUGAACGAAAUAGGGCUGCACCAUAUGGUAAAAACAUCAUACUGCGAUCAUUUUUACAGAUAUUGUGAUUAGUGGGAAUGAUUACUUUUGCAUCACAAAAUUCAUUUUCACUGAAAAACUAUUUUAAAUCAUGAUGAUGUGAAAUUAUUUGGGGUCUGUAACAAACAAACGUGUUUCCUUACAUCUGGAGAACAAGAUUUGUAGACCAGGGCCUCUCUGCAGCACUACAGUACUUCAUUAUAAUGCAGUUUGUCUCACAUUUUACCUUUAUCAUAACAUUUCAGUUUCUGUGACGUGCAUAUGGCUCUGGGUCAUGUUGCUUUUUUGAUAAUAUUGCGAUUUAUUGUGCAGCCCUUGUACAAAACAGCAUUGUGUUCAGCUGAAGCCAUUACGAGGCUCCAGCUGUCUACAAAUACUUAAUCAGUAAUUGUUUCCUGAGCUUCCAAGGACAGCACAAAGCCAUCGUCUUACACCAGCAGUUUCUGAACAAAGCUUCAAAUGUCUGCUGUAUUAUCGGACGUCAUCACCCUUCAAACUAUUACAGCCCUAGUAGUCCUGCUAGGAGGAUGAUUACAGUGACCAAUAAUCCUUUUAAAAAUCUGAACCGCUUUCAUCGUAUUGCCAUAUACAAUAUAUAUUAUUUAAGGAAGAGUCAACACAGUGCUGUAUUUCACCUGCAUUUAUUAGACCUGAACAAGCCAUCAGGCUUCUCAUUACAUUACAUGGAGACUCAAUCUGUGUAUCCUGUGAGCUGGCCAGAGUACCAAACGAAAGAACUGUUCUUGUUAAAUGGCUUUACAGGUACAGCUAAAAAAAUUAGAAUAUCGUGAAAAAGUUCAAUAUUUUCACUUCAGAAAGUGAAACUCAUAUAUUAUAUAGAUUCAUUACACAUAGGGUGAAAUAUUUCAAGCCUGUAUUUCUUGUAAUUUUGAUAAUUAUGGCUUACAGAUAAUGAAAACCCAAAACUCAGAGUCUCAGAAAAUUUGAAUAUUGUGAAAAUGUUCAAUAUUGCAAAGUCAUGGUGUCACACCCUAAUCAGCUAAUUAACUCAAAACACCUGCAAAGGUUUCCUGAGCCUUUAUGGUCUCUCAGUCUGGGUCAGUAGGCUACACAAUCAUGGGGAAGACUGCUGACUUGACAGAUGUCCAGAAGACAGUCAUUGACACCCUCCAUAAGGAGGGAAAGCCACAAAAGGUCAUUGCUAAAGAAGCUGGCUGUUCACAGAGUGCUGUAUCCAGGCAUAUUCAUAGAAAGUUAAGUGGAAGGAAAAAGUGUGUUAGGAAAAGGUGCAACAGGGAUAACCGCAUACUUGAGAGGAUUGUCAGGCAAAAUCCAUUCAAGAACUUGGGGGAGCUUCACAAGGAGUGGACUGAGGCUGGAGUCAGCGCAUUAAAGAGCCACUAUGCACAGACGAAUGAUUGACAAAAAAUAUUGAACUUUUUCACAAUAUUCAAAUUUUUUGAGCUGUACCUGUACAUGUUUCCAGUGAACUACUCUGCCAGUCAGUGUCUGUCAAACACAGUUUCUCAGGUUAUUUCUUUGUGUCCUCAUCAGGGACAAGCUUCUUUGUACAUAUAUCGACUCCACAACAAAGUGUAAUAAUUAGAAUCAAACACACACUGGAAAACCCAUUCUGUCCAAUAUUUAAAUACGGUCGCAAAACAGAAUUCAAUCAAAUGGAAUAACAGUUUCACUUUAAAAUAUGUAAACAUGUACAGGAGAGAUAGAGUGGAUUUACUUUUCAAGCUUUCUACGUAUAUACACUUAUAAACAUUAAACUAUAAAAAACAGAAUUCAAUAAUUGAGGUUUCCUGUGUACAGCAAAAUGAGUUUCUUUAAGAUUCUGAAUGUUGUUUUUAUGUGAAUGCGUUUCUAUGAGUUUACGGUGGCUGUCUUGGUCCACUGGUUCCCUUUUUAUCAUGGAGUAAACUGACUGACUGAUAUACUUUAUAGAUAUUUCACAUUACAUUCAAAACUGUACAAUGAACCAAAACAGUGAGCUCAGUAACUGCAAGAAGUUUGUAUAAAACGAGUGAUUAGAUGAAUUCUGAGCCGAUUAUUUUCUGUUCAUACAAUUACGUUAUACAUAUUACGUUUCUCUGCAUUAUGUAUUUUUUAAUCUUACUUAAUAAAUUUAGUGUUUUCUCGUC